AUGCUUGCGCUUGCUGCGCUUUUCACUUCUACUUGUCUUGGCUUCUUCCCUCAGUGCUCUCCCCACUUCUCUGCGCCCCCUUCACUUCCCCGUUUUCUCCCCCUUCUCCUCCCUUUUCUCUCUCUGUCCCGAUCUGCCCCCUUCUCGUCCCAGCAGGUCGCUCACACGGGAGUGGCAGUGGUGGGGGACAUGGAGUGCACAGGCAGCAGCUGCUCUUCAUCCAACUCACCUACAGCUAACAGUCCAUUCAUGCACGCAUCAUGCUUGCGCUUGCUGCACUCUUCACUUUCACUUGUCUUGGCUUCUUUCCUCACUGCUCUCCCCACUCCUCUUCGCCCCCUUCACUUCCCCGUUUUCUUCCCCCCCUCCUCCCUUCCUCUCUCUGUCCCAACCGGCCCUCUCCCGUCCCAGCAGGUCGCUCACACGGGAGUGGCAGUGGUGGGAGGGGAGGCGGGCAGAACUCCACUUGGAUGGGAUGGGAUGGGAGAGUGUCGGGAUUGGGUCGUCUGA